AUGGAUCUACUAGAAACGAAACGCAUUUUGGCUGUUCAGUCAUCGGUUUGUCACGGUUACGUUGGUAAUCGUUCUGCUACAUUUCCAUUGCAACUUUUGGGCUGGGAUGUGGAUGUUAUACCCACCGUAGAGUUGUCAAACCAUGCAGGCUACCCAAUUGUCAAAGGAAGAACUUUGGAUGCUGCUCACAUUAUGGACUUGUACGAAGGCGUAAGCCUUGCUAACCCAAAUGGAUACGAUUGCCUUUUGACAGGCUAUUCCAGAGGAAAAGAAUGUGUAGAAACCAUUUUUCAAAUCGCUAAACUUGUAAAAGCGAAAAACCCAAAUGCCAUUUGGGUAUUAGAUCCUGUCCUAGGAGAUAAUGGAAAACUUUAUGUCGAAGAAGCAAUACUUCCUUUAUAUCGUUCCAUGCUGCCUUACGCAGAUUUAAUCACGCCCAAUGGAUUUGAAGCUGAGGUUUUGACAGAGAUGCCCGUAAACUCAUUAGCGUCUGCCUAUGACUGUGUUCAGGUUUUGCACGAGAUGUACCAUAUCAAACACGUCGUAAUUUCCUCAUUCUUGGCAAUAGAAGGAAACGUUUGGAAACUUUAUUGUUUUGCUUCUUCAAUUGGUUCGAAGCCCUUUUAUGUGAAGAUUCCAUUCAUUGAAGGCUUCUUCUGCGGUACCGGUGAUUUAUUAACAGCUCUGCUUGCAGCUCAUAUCGCUUCCAAUGAAUUUAAAGAAGAUUCUGAUUCAUUUAAGAGAGCAAUUGAAGUUUCCUUAAGCUCAGUUCAUGAAGUCGUGCAACGAACCGCUUCUCGGGUCGAGUCUUUGAAUGUGAAAGAGUAUCAUCCAGCAUACUCGGAGCUUUCAAUCGUGAAAAGUCAACAUAGCAUUCUUUCUCCUUCAUUCCCAUUGUUUGGAGUUUAUUUCGAUAGAUCUCAAAACGCCGUAUAA